AUGAGACACAGCCCUACGGUCCUCAUCCCUGAGUUGCCGCCUUACAUGCACACAUUGACGGGACGAAGACUGACCAGGGACGAUUCGCCGUCACUCCUAGUUCCGCCGUCGCUACAGCAUGUACACUCAUCUGCACGUUCUACGUACGUAUUUGCGGCUGCGCCCGCGUACUUGUGGACCAUGCAAAAGCGGCGCCCAGGACCAUAUGCAGCUGAACCUGUGCCUCGAUUGUCGCGCAAUGAAUCAUCCAAUGCCUCUGUUCUGAGAAUGGCUAUGUUGUUUGCUUCAAUUGUCCUACUACACAAUUUUGGGUCCUCAACCUUUUCUGGCUCUGUGCGUUGGGAGAAACUCGCUACGCUGGCGCGCUCUCUGUCUACCCUAGCUAAGCUUGUUCCUGGUCGUACUACCCGCUACCUUUCCGCCAUUCUCCUUCAACAGUACUCGCCGACGCAAGCCAUGUUACGCCGCUUUUCCAAGAAACCUACAUCCCCACCUUCCUCGAUGGGUAACCUCCGCCCAGCAGAACUUGCCCCAUCUUUGAGACAAGCCGAUCCCAAGGUAGCUGUUAUCAUGCAAUGUAUCAAGCGCGUUUUUUCGAGGUCAUCCAAGACUGCGACACCUGUAGCUGUACCAUCUGCGCAGAAAAAUGCGUCCGCAAGUACGGAGGCCCAUAUCACAGAUAAGACGGAUGGUGAUCCUGCAAAGGGUGAAGAAGUUCAGACUCCAGCGCCUGCAGGAACAUCCGUGCAGCGGAAGAAAUUUAUGAAAGCAAAGAAAGCUUUCGAAAUGGGAGGGAGUAUCCUUCUUAUGGGCGCAGAAGCAUUUUCUGCCGUCGGUGAUGCGUUACCCCCUGCAAAAGCAGCCGUGGACGGAGUGCUGCACAUUGUUGAUGUCAAUCGAAAACUUCGAGACGAUAAAGAGGAUAGUGAAAAGCUGAUCAGCUGGAUAGAAGGACGUGGCAAGAUAUUAGACGAAACCAUUUCGUCUAGUGCUGGAUUGUGCGAGGAGUACGAAGAAGCUGCUGUCCAGCUCAAUCGCAUACUAGUCGAGGCUGCAGAGGCCGUUUCAUUAGACAUACAGCGCAAUCAGUUCGUUCGUUUGACGACCCUACGAAAGCGGGCUGGGCAACGUCGCUUCAUUCACGAUCGCGUUUCAACUGCCUUUGGAGACUUCAUGUUCCGUGUAACAAUUCACAAUGCGUUACAAAAUGCUACAGUGCAGAAUGCUCAAGUACAUCUUCACACGGAGCACUCUGAACAAGGCUUGAUGAAUCCGCAGCGCUCAUCUAUGAUUAGACGACUGGGCCAGACUGGCUGUGCAUAA